AUGCAGACUGCUUCUACAAACAUUUGUAAAAGAAUAGGUCACUCUCAGGAGCUCAGUGAAUUCAAGCGUGGUACCAUGAUAGGUUGCCACCUGUGCAAUAAGUCCAUCCAUGAGAUUUUCUUGCUACUAAAUAUUCCACGGUCAACUGUUAGUGGUAUGAUAACAAAGUGGAAGAAACUGGAACAACAGCAACUCAGCCACCAAGUAAGCGGGGUCAGCGCAUGCUGAAGUGCAGAAGUCGCCAACUGUCUGCAGAGUCAAUAGCUAAAGACCUCCAAACAUGGUGUGGCCUUCAGAUUAGCAUAACAACAGUGCAUAGAGAGCUUUAUGGAAUGGGUUUCCAUGGC